AAUGAAAAAAGAUAAUUCAGUUUAUAAAAAUUGUGAGUCAAGAAGGAAAAUGCAUGCAGAUAAGCUUGUCGAAUUUAUGAUAAAUAAAAAUAGUGCGAUUAAAGAAGAUAAAUUAGAGGAUUCGGUUAAAAAGACUACAAGUAAUUAUUUUAAAUUUAAAAAAUUUUCAUUUCUAAGUCAUUCAUAUGGUUCGGUCUGA